AUGGCGUUCCUGUUUGGGUUUACGCAGGUCAAGACAGGGACCGAGAAUCUGAUCGUCAGCUCUUUCAUCAACGCCGUCGAGAAUAUCUUCUUCGGAGCUUUAUACGGAGUUACGCCAGAGCUACUCCCGACUGGGUCAAGAGCCACCGGAUACGGGAUCUGUGUUGCUAUCAACGGAGUCUGUAACAUCAUCGCCAAUAUCAUCGGGACAUACGCGAAUGUCUACACGCCCGCGCCUCUGUUUGUCUGUGCUAGUCUUUUUGCUGGUCUGGUUGUUGUCUCGCUAGCCCUUCCCCUUGAUCCUUCCGGCCAACACAUCGGGUAA